AUGAGCUGGAUUGAAAAAAUACUACCAGCGUGCUGCACUGGAAGAAGAACUCAGAGUGCAGGAUUUAUUGAUAUCAAAAGUCCAGCUGAAAGUGCGGAAGUUUAUGAUUCUUGUAUAACUAACGAUAAACCAAAGAUAUAUCAGCAAAACACCCUAAACAAUAAAAAUGACAGAAGUGUAUUAAGAAAUAGCCAAAUGAGAAGAGCUAAAAUGAAAUCGGUUGAGGAAAUAGUUAUAAGUGAUAGUAUCAUGAAUUCAAUACGCGGACCAAGUAUUGAAGUUGAAAUGAAACCAUGCUACGGGAGAGAUAAUUUUAUAACACUGGGAAAAGGAGACUCGCGACGAAGCAGCAAAAAUCCUCUUGGUGCUAGCGAUAGAAAAAUUGUGAUAGGUAUAAAGAUAAUUAGAUUGAUUCAGAUGCUCAUGGUGCAAUAAUGAAGCCAAAGGCUCAUGCACAGGAUGUGCUAAUCAAAAUUUUUGUAUAGGGUGUUAUCAUAGCCAUCAUAAAAAACUUCCAAAAGGACAUAAAUUUUCUUAUGCCAGUCAAGCUACAAAACUAUCAUUUUUGCACUAA